AUGGUGUUAUCUAAAUAUUAUUCUGGUAAGCUGAGGGACAACUCAGAUAACUCCUCUAAGAGGUUAAAUUUACAGAAAAUAACCAGACAAAGUAAACUCAAAAAGAAUGAAAAAAUUAAAGAUCAAAAAUAUCUCAAAAAAAUACUGCCCUUUUCUGAUCUACUAAAGAGGGCAUUGCAUUUCCAAGAAUUGAAUAAAUUGACUCAAAAUGACUUGAAUUUUUAUCGUUGUUGGAAUAUGAGUAAAAUACUUAAGAAUAAAAAAGUAUUGUAUAACCAAUUAGCUAAAAUUAGAACAUUCUUACCCGAAAGACUUGGCAACUUAACCGAUAAAACUGUAAUUACCAUAACCAAACACACUAAUAGAGAAUUAGAAUACUAUUCCCUUAAUGAGGCAAAGGACUGUUAUUAUCAUUUAGAAAAAAUAGUAGGCGACCAUGUAAAAUCAAUGGAAGAUGAUCCCAAUAAUGUUGGAGUUUAUAAAUAUAAGAACCAUGACAUCAUCAAUCAAACCUCACUUGGGGAUGAUGCCACUAUACUAUGUUUGGAUGGUUACACUUUUUUAUACUUUGGGUUUAGACGAGAUCAUAUAAUACAUGGGAAACCAAAUAUCUACAGAUUUAUUCAAAUGUCACACAACACUUCUUCAAACUCAAGGUAUGCAUUUGAAGUAAAAGCACCAAGAGCCACAGAAUUUCGUGAUGUGGCUACUUCAUUAAACUAUGUGGCCAUAGCAUUUGGCAAUAUUCUUUUCAUCCAUAAUUGGCUGUCAGAUUCUGUUACUUCUUACUCUCAAUAUUACAAUGUUAAUAAAAUAACCCGAAAAAGAGGGAGUUCGCAGGGGUCAUCUGACAUAAUGGCUUUAUGUUUCGUCAAAACCAACACAGAAGAAUUAAACCAUUUAAAUGCUAUUCUGUAUGCAGGUUUUAGGAAUGGCACUCUUAUUGCCAUACCAUUUCAUAACAAUAAAAUUGACUUCGAUAACAGAGUCAUGGUACCCUUACCUAUAGAACUUAGGAGUAUCAUUAGCCUUCAUGAAUGCUUUGAUGGAGGAUUAAUUAUAUCAGGCCUUUCAAAUAGUAUUUAUAACCUCCAAGAAUUACUAUAUAUACCGAUAUUUGAUUUACAGAACCUAAAAACACUUAAGGUGAUUAAAUUAAACACACAAUAUUAUAACAUCGUUAGAAAUCAAGAAAUUUGUUGUGUAACUAAAAAUAAAAGGUUCUUCUGUUAUGGAAAAAGAGGAUCCAAAAAAGAUUCUCUAAGUAUAUCUCAAGGUGGUUUUGAUGUUUAUUCAUUAGAUUCAUUAAAUAUCAAAGAAAAUACUGGUAACCCAAAAAAAAUAUUCGAAAUUUUUCCAAUAAAUAAUAUGUCUGAUUAUAUUACUGAUGAUUUAUCCUUCACUGAUAGUACGUUAUAUUCAGUAUCUAGUAUUGAUUGUUUUGAACCACCAGCUAUUUCCUCAAAAGAAGAGAGUCAUUAUAGAGGAAUACAAUACGAAACAGAAAAAGUUGAAUCAGAUUUAGGCUCCGGAUCUCGAAUAGCAAUGUUAUUUAGUAAUACUACAUCUUCCAAUUUAUUAUCCAAAACAUCUGUACUUGUCUCUGUUGAGCUGGUUUAA